AUGGUGUUCAGCAGCGCGUGGCUGGCGGCGGCGGCGCGGGUGCCGGCGGAGCUGUGCCAGGGCGCGCCGCGGCCGGGGCAGAGGCGGCGGCUGCGGGCCGACGAGGUCCUGCGGGCGCUGUUCGCGCCGCCCGCGCACGAGCUCGAGCGCCUCGCCGGCUGCCUCUACCUCUUCUUCUGCAUGCCGCUGCCGGACCCGGACGAGUACUACUACGUGCCGGCGUCCGGGCGCGGCGGCGCCUGGGUGGCCCGGCGGCCCGGCGUGCUCUACACCUACCGGCGGUCCCUCUCGGUGUCCUCCUCGUCCGUCGACGACGACGACGACGACGACGGGGGGCUGUAUUACUCGGACGCCUAG